AUAUUUUACAUUUUGAGUUUAGUUUUUUCCAUAAACUAGGUUAUGGUUGUUGAAUUCUAUUCCCCGAGAAAGUAAUGCUAGAUUGGAGGUACACUUACAUAUGAAAUGGCAAAUAAUGAUUUUUCUUGGAGUGCAGUGGUUGGAAAAGUUGUCAUAAAUACAGUGUCCCAUCCACUGGAAUAUGCCAAAGUUCUAAUUCAGUUGGGUCAUGAGCCGAUCCCUCCGUACCCAACGAGGACACUGUUUGGGCGGCCUGCACUUGCGCUGCCUAGCAUCUUCCAAUAUGUGGCGCACAUAAAGCGUGUGGAUGGCUUGGCGGGCUGCUAUCGGGGACUGGGAGCCAAGCUGUGCUCCGUGGUGGUCAGCGGCUACGUGUACCACUGCACGCUCGACUCUGUCCGCGACGCGUCGGACACAGACGUGGACGCUGAGACCGAAGACCUCUCGCCGCAACUCAGGGGAGAGAAGUUUGCCCGGGAGGUGCGGCAGAUGGCGCUGGCGAGAGCGGCCGCGGUCGUCGCGAGCCAGCCCUUCACCGUCGUCGCGGUGAGGACCAUGGCGCAGUUCGUCGGAGGCGAGAAGAUAUACGUAGGGAUUUUCGCCUCGAUAGGAGAGAUCUAUCGUGAAGAAGGAAUCAUGGGGUUCUUCAAGGGGCUGGUGCCUCGGUUACUUGGAGAACUGAUAGCACUGAUAAUUAGCAGCACUUUCACACAUUUUGUGAACAACCUGUUGGUUAAAGACCGGGAGUUCCAGUCGUACGUUUCCAUCACUUCCUCGUACCUGGCCACGUCGCUCACGUACCCGUUCCAAGUCGUCAGCAACUGCAUGGCAGUCGCGAACACCAGGCUGGCUGCGGGCAACCCCCCCUACAUGCCGGGGUACACCACCUGGGGCCAGUGCUGGCGCCACCUGGGCGCCACCGGCCAGCUCAAGAGAGGCUCCAGCUUGCUGUGGCGCUACUACACGGUCCUCCCUGCCGCCUAGCCGCCUAGCCGCCGGUCCCCUCCGUCGUCGCUUCACACUUCACACCAGACAGUACUUGGUUCUGUCCUCAUGUUCACAAAACUAUGUUCAACUCAGUUUCCAUUAUAACGCUGUGUUUAACAGAAGUGUUUAUUUUCAACUUAAAGAUUUAUUUUUUUUCUGAUUGAGAAACUUGGGGACAGUAUUAUUUCCUAGUAAAUAUUAGAAAGAGUACAAUUUUACUCAGUAAGAAAGUGUGUUUCGUGGCAAUACAAAUAACUACCUGCCCCUCCUUUCCCCUGCAUGUGCUUCAUUGAACAUUGUUGUUUGUAUACUGCAUAAGGAACAGUCAUUCAUUAUCAUCCAUUCUUUAAUGAUUGUGCGUGACAAGCGAGCGACAUAGUGAACACAUGUCUUCUGUUUUUUGCUAAGUGGAAUAUUGAUGAAUCAUAGAGUAUAGCCUGUAAAAAUGUCCAUUUUUUA